CUCGAGGUCGUGCAGCUAUCGCCCUACAUUUGACACGGUCUUCAAACGGCCACAUCAGCAGACAGAUAAUCAGUGAGAUAAAGAACAGCAUCUUCCCUGUCAGCUCAGGGAGGGGUGGGUGUAUAUAAAUUGAGGCCUCUGGGCAUUCCCAAUCUCACGGUCCACCAUAGUUCUUCAUCAUCAGCUGCCUUCAACCCGACAAGCCUGCAGACAUGGCGUUUAAUGGAACCUGGAAGGUCGACCGCAAUGAGAACUAUGACAAGUUCAUGGAGCAAAUGGGUGUUAAUGUCAUGAAACGCAAGCUGGCAGAGCACGACAGCCUGAAGAUCACCAUCGAGCAGACUGGGGACAAGUUUCACAUCAAAGAGUCCAGCACUUUCCGCACCAAAGAGAUUGACUUUACUCUGGGCGUUCCAUUCGACUACACCCUGGCUGAUGGGACCGAAGUCUCAGGUGCAUGGGAGAUGGAGGGUGACAUGCUGAAAGGCAAAUUCACCAGGAAGGACAACAACACGGUCCUGACCACUACUAGAACUCUGGUGGGCGGAGAGCUCGUGCAGAGUUAUAACUAUGAAGGGGUGGAUGCUAAGAGGAUUUUCAAGAAGCAGUAACCUGGAUAAUAAAGUUCGAAUUUUAUUUUUUAUAUAAAUGAUACAAUAUAACACAGCCCAGUGAACUGCAGUACACUAUCCUAAAGACAGUGUACUGCAAAUACCUCAAAAGGCGUGGUCACCGUGCUGAAGUGCUACUAUAUUCAUGAACCUGGUCACACAGCUCAGUUAAAGAUGCGUCUCUUUGGCUAUGAAAGGUGAAAACAAGCGCUUGAAAUCUCAGGCUGGGCAGGCAGGUAAAGUGGUUACAACAGAAAUAUCACAGCUACAACUGUAAGAGUCAAAACAGCAUCUUAGCAAUGACUGAUGAAAACUACUGCCUCCAGCAGCAGCUAGCCCUUCAAACGCACUUAGUUUUAUUUGGCCUUGUAAGUUUUCUACUGGAGAUGAACUGAACGACAUUUGUGUUUUUACCUGCAUGAGGAUAAUCCACAGAACACAGUGUCAACAGUUUUCACGGGGGGGGGGGGGUCAUUCAUCGGCACGGUCCAGAUCAUCCACAUUAAUGGGUGCAUUGCUUCCAGGAAAAGUUCCACAACAAUAUGAAAUAUAUUAAAUCUCAUAGUGUGCGUUUAAACGGGGAAAUAUGAUGAUUUGCACUAAUGGUUUUUAUAUACUGAAUUGCCCUCCACAAUAAAGUAUUUUAUUGUGUCA